AUGGCGGCGCCUGCGGUCACCAGCCGGGCUGGAUCAGCUGGCAGCAGCCCCACCGCCACACCAAACAGCAAUAAACCCGUCCCGCACUACCCCGAGCUGGACUUCAGGUCCGGUACCAGGAUAGAGGAACUCAACCGACUGAUCGCCGAAUUCAGCAAGCACGACCAGCGCGAGUAUGACGACCAGAGAGCGCUGGAGAUCCACACGGCCAAAGACUUCAUAUUCUCCAUGCUCGGCAUGGUGCAAAAGCUGGACCAGAAACUUCCAGUUGCCAACGAGUACCUGCUGUUGUCAGGCGGGGUAAGAGAGGGCGUGGUCGACAUGGACCUGGACCAGUUGACGGUUUACGCCCGUGGGGCGGAUUACGACAUGGACUUUACGCUACUGGUGCCUGCACUCAAACUUCACGACCGAAACCAGCCCGUCACGCUGGACAUGCGCCAUUCUGCGCUAUGCCAUUCCUGGCUCAGCUUGCGUUUGUUUGACGAGGGAACAAUUAGCAAGUGGAAGGACUGUUGCACCGUAGUCGACCACAUUAAUGGCACCACCAACUACUUCUUCUCUCCCACACUAGUGGCCGACUGGUUCUACGAAUCCAUCAGCGUGGUUCUGGCGGAGAUUCAGAAGAAACCGCAGCGUGGAGUUCCACGUGUCGAGAAGGUGGAGCGAAACGGAACGGUGAUCUCCAUUAUCUUGGGCGUCGGAGGCAGCCGAAUGUUGUACGACGUGGUUCCGGUGGUGUCGUUCAAAGGCUGGCCGGCGGUGGCCCAGAGUUGGUUGAUGGAGAACCAUUUUUGGGAUGGGAAGAUCACGGAAGAGGAAGUUAUUAGCGGGUUUUAUUUGCUUCCUGCCUGCUCUUCCACAGGCCAGAAGGAAAACGAGUGGCGCUUGUCGUUUGCACGUAGCGAGGUGCAACUAAAGAAAUGCAUCUCCGCAAGUCUGAUGCAGGCGUACCAGGCAUGCAAAGCUCUCAUUAUCAAGCUACUAUCUCGACCCAAAGCUAUUAGCCCAUACCACCUGCGCUCGCUAAUGCUCUGGGCCUGUGACCGCCUGCCGCACACGUACUUGGGGCAGGAAGACUACGCCGCUCACUUCCUGUUGGGUUUGAUCGACGACUUGCAGCACUGCCUGGUCAAUAAGACCUGCCCCAAUUACUUUAUCCCACAAUGCAACAUGUUAGAGCACCUGAGCGACGAUAUGGCCAUGUUGCAUGCGCGCAAGCUGUCGUCCGUGCGUUCCGACCCCGCAGAACACUUGCGGAGCGCCAUCGAGCACACCAAAGCUGCGUCUCGCCUCACUCUCGAGCUUCAAUGGCGCGGUGGAAGUUCAAACCUGCCUUCGCCGCUGUCGGACCCCGGUAACGACCAGCCACCGGAUGACCGACUCGCCAAGAAACUCCAGCAGCUGGUCACGGAGAAUCCGGGGAAAUCCAUCUCCGUUUUUAUCAACCCAGACGACGUCACGCGACCUCACUUUCGCAUCGAUGACAAAUUCUUUUAAAGCUGCGCCCCCCUGAUCUUGCUUGAUUGGACGGUUUGAUUUUUCUGGCUUUAAAUUCGUCCCGGAACCAAGAAGUCACAACUAACACUGAUGCUACUGUACGUGUGUGUUUUGCGGGAUAUUGAACGCAAAUGGACAUGAUCCUGUUUUGUAGCUGCCAGUUAAAUUAAUGUUUGCAUAUCUGUUUUACCCCGUUAUGGACGCCAAGUUAUGGCUGGUUGUAGGGAAGGAUUUCGGGGGAGGACAAUUUGUGCAUGGCUCAUUAAUAACAGGAGUCCCAUAUCUACACUUAUAAGUGCAAUUAGACAAAAUGUAUUUAUAGAUAAUUGCUUUACUUGUAAUUACACUGUAACAUAAUACUGUAAACACACUACUUUAGACACACCUGCUGAAAUGUAGUCACAAAAUGUCACUGCACACACACUAAAUACAAAUUCUGUGCAUAUCUCUUUUGGGUGAAUCUCACGAGAAACAUACUGAGGACGCAUUUCACCUAAAAACUGGUAGCUCAGUGGUAAAGACGCUGACUAUCACACCUGGAGUCGCGAGUUCGAAUCCAGGGCAUGCUGAGUGACUCCAGCCAGGUUUCCUAAGCGACCAAAUUGGCCCGGUUGCUAGGAAGGGUAGAGUCACAUUUACAUUUAUGCAUUUGGCAGAUGCUUUUAUCCAAAGCGACUUACAGUGCACUUAUUACAGGGACAAUCCCCGGAGCAACCUGGAGUUAAGUGCCUUACUCAAGGACACAAUGGUGGUGGCUGUGGGGAUCAAACCAGCAACCUUCUGAUUACCAGUUAUGUGCUUUAGCCACUACGCCACCACCUCUCCACUAUCACAUGGGGUAACCUCCUCGUGGUCGCUACAAUGUGGUUCGUUCUCAAUGGGGCGUGUGGCGAGUUGUCAGUGGAUGCCGCGGAGAAUAGCGUGAAGCCUCUACACACACUAUAUCUCCGUGGCAACACGCUCAACACGCCACAUGAUAAGAUGCGUGGAUUGACGUCUUGGAUGCGGAGGCAGCUAAUUCGUGAUUCAGUACUCCGCCACCUGGAUUGAGCCGAGUCACUAUGCCAACACGAG